GGCGGUAGGGCCAUGUCGCAGCGCGGGGGGGAUCGCGACCGAGAUCGCGAUCGCGAGCUUCAGUGGUCGGCGCGAAGGAUGGGGACGUCGUUGUUACUGCAGCUGUCGGCGCACGAGCGGGAAUUGGACCUGGUCUGCUUGGACCACAGCUACGCCAAACCCUGGAGCGCCCACCCGGACGCCAGCGCCGCUCGUCCCACCCGCAUGCUCUUCCUCACACCGCGGCGGCAGCCCCGCACCGCCCUCGAAGCAGAUAUCCCCAUCGAUGUCGAGACGGUGACUCCCACGCCUGUGCCGCUCUAUGACAACCAGAAGGCGCGCAGCGUGAUGAACGAGUGCGAGCGCCAUGUCAUGUUUGCUCGCACGGACGCUGACGCCCCUCCGCCGCCGGACGACUGGGAGGAACACGUCAACAGGACGGGUUGGACGAUGGCCCAGAACAAACUAUUUAACAAAAUUCACAAAGCGCUGCAGUCUGACAGGCUGGCUCGCUUGGCUAACGAAGGGGCUUGUAACGAGCCGGUCCUGAGGAGGAUAGCGGUGGACAAAUGCGCUCGGAGGGUCCGCCAAGCUCUGGCUAGCGUGAACUGGGACACCAAACUGAUCCAGUGGCUUCACACGACCUUGGUGGAAACCCUCAGUUUGCCAGUGCUGGCUGCUUACUUGGAUGCUCUGCAAACCCUUAAAGGAAAGAUCCCCACCCUGAUCGACAGGAUGCUGCUCUCCUCUACCACGAAGACAGGGGCAGCGGGUGCUGAGGCUCUGUCUCUGCUGCUGAAGAGACCGUGGGACCCAGCAGUGGGUGUCUUGUCGCACAAUAAGCCAAGCAAAUUGCCUGGUUCCCCCCUCAUCCUGAUUGCUUCCUCUGGACCCUCCAACUCCAUGUUCCCCACUUCUCGACGGCACCGAUUCUGGCAGUCGCAGCUUUCCUGCUUGGGAAAGGUGAUUCCCAUCGCCACCCACCUGCUUUUUGAACACAUGAUCGGGGCGGUGAGGGGCAAAGUGGCGGAGAUUCACAACCACUUCUCUCACAAGCCGAUCAUCCUGAUCGGGUGGAACACGGGUGCCUUGGUGGCCUGUCACGUUUCAGUGAUGGAGUACGUCACUGCAGUUGUGUGCCUUGGAUUCCCGCUGCUCACUGUUGAUGGCCCCAGAGGGGAUGUUGACGACCCCCUCCUGGAGAUGAAGACCCCCGUCCUCUUUGUGAUCGGUCAGAAUUCCCUGCAGUGCAACAUCGAAGCGAUGGAAGAUUUCCGGGAGAAAAUACGAGCUGAUAACAGCAUGGUGGUGGUGGGAGGAGCAGAUGACAAUCUCAGGAUAAGCAAAGCCAAAAAGAAGUCGGAAGGCCUGACCCAGAGUAUGGUGGACAGGUGCAUCCAGGAUGAAAUAGCUGACUUCUUGACUGGAGUCCUCACCCGAGCAGAGAGCCACUCGGGCUCUGAUCCCCGUGACCUGGAUGCUGAGAAGAAGAAGAAGCCACGCGACUCGACGAGGAGGGAUCUGUCCUUCGACUUGCCGGAAAGAACCAGCAGGCCCGCCUCGCCAGCAGCCAAAGUGCCCGCCUCACCUUCCGGCUCGGAGGACUUAUCCAGCGUCUCCAGCAGCCCCACUUCAAGCCCCAAGACUAAAAUGGCUGCUGUGUCCUCCAUCCAGAAGCCCAGCCAGAUCGGCACCACGCAGCUGCUGAAGAGGCAGGUGCAGAGGGCGGACACUGUCCUGACACACAAGCAGGCACAAGCUCAGUUCGCUGCUUUUCUGAAACAAAACAUGCUGGUGAGGAAAGCUCUUCCUCCUGGCACCUCUUCAUGUCUUUUUGUUCCAGUCUCCUCAGAGCACUCGGAAGGGGCUGAGAAAGAUGAUGUGCGUAUGCAGCUGAAGAGGCAUCAGACCCCCAGCCCGACCCAGUGCACCAAAGCCUCCAAACGAGCCAAAAUCAAGGUGACCAUUGUCUCUCACGGAGAUGCUGCUGGCGUGGGGAACGGAGCACCCCUCACCACCCAGGCAGAAAUUGUCACUGGAAAGCCAGUCCCCAUGGCUGUCGGCCAGUCGCUGUCGGGCGCAAAGGAGCUGUCGGGACUGCUCACCACCCCCAAGCUGAGUUCGGCAGCAGAAACCUCCUCCACAAGUCCUGCUCCGUCUGCCGUGAUCCCCAGCAGCACGGCGCCCAGCGCUUUCCAUGCCCUGCAGAGCAGGCUGGUGGCCAGCAGUGCCCACUGCAUGCAGGCCCAGCCAGCCAGCUGCCUCCAAGGAGCAGCAUCUGCCAGCAGCCUGCUGCAAGGGCUGAGCUUCAGCCUGCAGGACAUCGGGACCAAGUCGUCAGCCCUUCCUGCCAGCGUGGCUGCUGCUGGGCCGCCCGUGCAGACCUCAGCUGUGAAGACGCCUGCAUCUAUCCAGAACCUAAGUGCCAUAACCACGGGCACCGGUACAAUUGUCCGCACCAUCCCAGUUGCCACCUCUUUGUCUCUGGGAGCCUCGGCGAGCGGGAAGCCCACAGCCAUUCACCAGCUGCUGACAAAUGGGGGACUAGCAAAGCUGGCCAGCAGUCUCCCUGGCUUGGCUCAGAUCUCCAACCAGGCAGCAGGCUUGAAGGCCCCAACGACCAUCACUGUGACGCUGCGUGGGCAACCCAGCCGCGUGACCACGCUUAGCCAGGCUGCGAUGGGGACUGUCCAGCCCCAGCUCGAGGAACAGCCGAUGCAGACCCCUCAGGCUCCAGACGGUGCUGUUGGGAACCUGGCCGCCCCAGCUACCAGCGCCGCCUCUCCUGGCAAGCUGCUGUCUCAGAUGGAUCUCAGCAAAGCCCAGGCUGGCGCAGAGAUGGCUCCCGCCGACCCCGCGGCACACCUGACCGCCGCCGCGGCAGCACCCGUAGUGACCACCACCAGCCCCAUGAAGACACUCUACGUCAUGUCGGAUGCCAAGCUGUCUGCGCUUACCAAGUCUGUGAUGGGUGAGGCUACCUCUGUCCCCCUCAAACUGCCGGGCAUCCAGCCUUCCUCCUCCUCAUCCGCCAGCUCUCCCACUGGUGCUGUCACCUUCGCGACCUCCCCCCUGGCCAGCGCCCCCAGCCCUCCCAGCAGCUUGGUACACUCGAAGGUGGGACCUGUCCUGCAGACUGCUUCCAAGACGGUCAUCCUGACCUCAACGCUGGCCACGAUGAAGGGCGAUGGACCCCUGGGACACAUUGGGGAGAAGGUCAGCUUGACCAAGAGCGCUGCGGCCCUCGGCCAUGCUCUGGGGGCAGUGGAGACCCUGGGGAGGGUUCCCUCCGUGGUGGACGACGGGAGCACCAUCAUCCACACCAGAGAGGCUCUGGCCAACAGACACUUGCUGCCCCAGGGAGUGCUGCCAGGAGGGCCCAGCACCACCCUCAUAACGCUGGGCAGCAGCUCCUCCAUCAUCGCCACGGCGGGGCCCACGCUCGGCCAGAAGCCAUAGGGACCCUUGGGCUGCGACUGGCACUUGGGGAAGACUGAGAUUGGUGAUGGGGUGGGAGAGGAGCAGCCCUGUGGGCAUGGGGGGCUGGUUGAGGCUGGAGCGAACCAGGGGAUGUUUUUUUGGUUUUGUUG